AUGAGGAUGUAUAUCUUAUUAGCAGUACUGAGUUUACUUGUAAAAGAGUCGUUACUGCUAAAGAUAGUUCGAGUGUCAGUACCUACAUACAGGGUGCGGGGCCAACCCGCCCAGAUCGAGUGUGACUAUGAACUGGGCGAGGACAACCUGUACUCCGUCAAAUGGUACAGAGACAAUGAAGAGUUCUACCGUUACAUGCCCAAGUUUGACCCGCCGAAGCACGCCUACAAAUUGGAGGGGAUCAAAGUGGACUUACAAAAAUCAGACGACCGAAGAGUCAUCUUGCACCAGGUGACCCUCAAAUCGAGCGGACUGUACAGAUGCGAGGUGUCUGCUGAAGCACCAAGCUUCGCGUCAGCUGCCGGAGAAGGAAGGAUGGAGGUUAUAUAUUUACCGAGGGAAGGUCCAAGAAUAACAGGCAACGAGCAAGAGAAUAGAAGAGGGGACUCCUUAUUCCUCAACUGUACGUCGGGACGAUCCUACCCUGCGGCAGUACUCAGUUGGGACAUUGAUGGAGAAAAGGUGACAGACCCUUUACUCCUCGUGGAGUACCCACCGACGCAGCACGCGCACGGCUUGCUGUCUACAGCUCUAGGCCUGCGGGUGCCAGUCGGCCGGACGAUGCAGGUGCGAUGCACCGCGCGUGUUGCGCCCGCCUGGCGGGAAGGCAGCGAAGCAGUCGUCGGGAACAGCCAGCUUGCUGAUAGUAAAGAAGCUAUGUUAUUAGGUAUCGGAGAGGACAGCAUAUUUUUGCGGAGUUCCAGCGAGGCGCCUGCGCUAAGUGUAACGCUGUUAACACUUUCCCUCACCCUCUUCUUCAGACCCCUAAUACAAUCAGAAACGUGA